AUUAGGUUUGUAAACUUGCAUGUAUACACUACUAAGCAAACAAUACCUUUAAAUUUAACAAAAAAAUUUACUCACUGCUUUGAAAAAAAAAACAAGAACUAAAUGUGCCAAAAUUAAUAGAAUAUGUUAUUAAAACUAUUAUUAUUUUUUUGUCUGCCGGUGUCGUGCUGAAAAAAUAACCCCCCGUCAUGAAGCGACCCCAGUUCGGCGCCGUUAGCACACUCGGGUAUUUCCGUCAAAGGACACGAAGUACCAACUCGUACAGCUAGCAAACGGAGCUCCGCCAUUGGUUCCAAUCGUUUGUCCGCCGCCGGGUAGAGGGGAGGCGGGAGGCGGGGGCGAGCUGCUCAAUGACGGGCUAAACCCGUGUUGACAGUUGGGACACGACACAGCCCUCGGGUGGAACACACACACACAGACACACAGGCCUACCUGUACGCUACGAGGACUGUGCGAUAUAAUGUCAUGGGAAAGAGGAGGAGGAGGAGGAGCAGGAAAUAAUUUCUUGCUAAUACGCCGCCCGCGAGAUGUGGCGGACCUGGCGGUGCGGACUGCGUGACAGGACUACGCUGUGGGCGUCGAGGCGGAGCGGACGCACCGAGCGAGCGCGGCGGCGGCGGAGCCAACACAAGUGAAUAAACGGUUUAAGUCUUUACAGGUAGUUUCCCGGGAACUCGCGUUCGAAAAGGAGGAUUCUGGCCGGCGAAUUCCUGGAAAGACGAGAGCUCCAACCGGAACGACAAAUGCAGCGUUUGGGAGCCGGGCUUCAUUCUCCGAAGUUCCGACUUUGGCUUCCAGCAGCGUGUAGGAGGCUCGUGCGCCGUUAAAAGACCAUCCAUCCAUUCAGCGCAGUUGACAGAUAGCCAAUCAAAUCUGUUAUUGUCACUGACCCAAAUCCCACGCAUGGACAUCAAAAGCCAGCAGUAAGCUCUCCUCCGGACCAGUCAGCAUGGGGACCAACGGGUUAGACAGUCAAACGCAGCCGUCCGGCGACGAGUCCCGGACGGAGCAGCAGCCGGCUUCAGAGCCUCCGAUGGAGCCGACAGAUGCUCCACUCAGCGGCAAGCCGGCGGGGGGAGACGGCGCGGUGCAGCUGACCGAGGACGGGUCUAAGCCGCCCCUCUCCCAGGUCUCUCCCGAUGCAGACGAAGAAGAAGAAGAAGCCGGGGUCCAGGUGAAGAUGCCCGGCCACGGAGCCGGAUUCGUCCCACCCGAAGGGGGCUGGGGCUGGCUGGUGGUUUUCGCGGCCACCUGGUGUAAUGGGUCCAUCUUCGGGAUUCAGAACUCUUUUGGCAUUUUGCACAUGAUGCUGGUGGAGGAGUACGACCACACGUCCCAGUUUAAAGUGGCCUGGGUGGGGUCCCUGGCCAUGGGCAUGAUCUUCCUCUGCUCCCCCGUGGUCAGCAUGUUCACUGACCACUUCGGCUGUAGGAAGACGGCCGUCUGUGGGGCGGCAGUGGCUUUUGUAGGACUGCUCAGUACAUCAUUUGCAAAGUCCUUGAUCCUUCGCUACUUCACAUAUGGGAUAUUGUUUGGUUGCGGCUCCUCCUUUGCCUUCCAGCCCUCGUUGGUGAUCCUCGGGCACUACUUCCGGCAGCGCCUGGGCUUGGCCAACGGUGUGGUGACGGCCGGGGCCAGCCUCUUCACCAUAGGCCUGCCGAUCUUUCUGGACCAGGUGAAAAAACCUCUGGGUCUCAGUGGAACCUUCCAGGUUCUCAGCGUCUUCAUGCUGAUCCAAGCCCUGCUGGCGCUGACGUUCAAACCUAUGCUACCCACCGGGGGAGGCAUGGGCCCGCCGGGCAUGGGGCCUGGUCCGGCUGAAGCCCGAACCCAGGCCUCGGGGAGCACGAGUAAAUGGAGCAAGGCUAUGGCCAGGGUUGGGAAGUACUUCAACCUGCGUGUGUUUCACAUUGUGACAUACCGGGUGUGGGCCUUUGGAGUAGCAACAGCCGUGUUGGGAUACUUUGUGCCAUAUAUCCACCUGAUGAAGUUUGUAAAAGAUAGUUUUGGAGAAACUAAAAAGGAGUGGGUGCUGCUGGUUUGCAUCGGAGCUUCAUCUGGGGUGGGACGCCUCGCUUUUGGGAAAAUUGGCGACCUCAUUCCAGGUUUGAAGAAGAUCUACAUGCAGGUGGUGUCCUUUAUAGUCCUGGGCCUGAUGUCCAUACUGAUCCCUCAGUGCACGGCGUUUGAGGCGCUCGUGACCGUGUGCGUGUUCUUGGGGCUCUGCGACGGCUGCUUUCUCACCAUGAUGGCUCCCAUAGCCUUUGAACUGGUUGGGCCCAUGCAGGCGUCACAGGCCAUAGGCUACCUUCUAGGCCUCAUGGCUGUCCCCAUGACCGCAGGUCCACCCAUCGCUGGUAUUCUUCGUGAUUUCUUUGGCAAUUACACAGUGGCUUUCUCCCUGGCGGGGGUCCCUCCCAUGGUUGGGGGCAUGGUGCUGUUCUUUGUGCCCCUGAUACACCGCAGGCUGCAGCGAGGCCAUGCGCCGCCGGAGGAGACGGCCUCCUGCAUGUUGCCCGCCGCCUCGCCAGCAGGGGAACCCAAGAGCUGCCUCAACGGAGACCUCCUGCCUGGUUACACUGACGUGGAGACACACAUCUGAGCUGAGUCACAGCUUAACCAAGGGAUUCAACCCACCAGCACUUUUCUCGUCCUUCAAUUGCCUGCCUCUUUAAACAGAAAAGCCUCAGCUGUAAGGCUUCCUGUUGGCUUACCUUAAAUCUCUCACCCUUCCAAAUCCCUGCUGGCUGUUUGUUUUUGUUUUUCACGCAAGGAGAAAAUGAGAAGGAGACUCUAACUAAAAGCUUCAAAAAAGAAAGUGCAUCAUCGUUGGAUGAUAAAAGGAGGAUAAGCACAACAUGUUCUCGACUAGAAGUGUUUUUUUUAAUCAUCUGGACUCUUUGAUGACACAUCCAUAAAAAAAACUGAAUGGCUGUCUAUGUUUGCACCAUUUAUCUUUCUAUCAAAGCUUUGGAGCUGGAAAAUUGACUAUUUUUUAACCAUAUGUGAACACAUUGCUGCGAUGAAGUGAGAAAAGGUUGAAUUGAAAAUAGUACCUCAUACAUUUAGGGUUUUAACACGUUAUUUUUAGCCUCUCCGUGUGUUACCAAAACACACUACUAUCUUCUUUAAUAUGCAGGAAUGUCAGCUUUCUUCUACUGCCUGUUCUUUAUGCUGUGACGGCUACAAGAGAAGCUUGCACGUCUUUUGUAAAUGUCACGAAAAUGAACUGUGCCGACCAGACACGAUCACCUCAGCUGGACUAAACACAAGAUUUAGAUCCUGAUUAGAUUCUGUACUCGGAGUCGGGGUUAGUGAUUUUGAUCUCUUUGCCUGCGAGGUGGACGGAUGUGCGAUUGUAGCCUCUGGUAAUUUCACAGAUGUGUGUUGGGUCUUUCCAUUUGUCUUUUCAGUUUUGAUUCGGCAGUUUGACACGGUUGAAUUUCUGCUUCCUCGAAUAUGUGGAAAGCUGCUACAAGGUUAUUCUCAACAACCUGCAGAGCAACACUACAGUACUCCUGUCCCUUUAAGAUUGACACGUUUUAAAUGAAUCUAUGUUACCUGUCUCUGCACCUCUGAAUUGAAAAUUGUUACAGAAGGCAUGAUGGCUGUUGCUCUAGUGCAAGUAGCUUUGGUCAAUCAAACAUGUUUAUGUUUCCCUUUGUUGAAACGUGUGCAAUAUUAGGCGACAUUCAGUCGUAACAUGAAAAAAACCUGACAGGUCAGUAAAGAACUUGCUAGAGGGGUGAUUUGUAAAAGAACCUGACAGGAAAACAAAGGAAGCUGUCAGCUCUUGGAAGCUUUUUAAUCAACUUUGAGACAGUUUCGCAACUGGGUCAGAGCCUUCCUGAAAGAGCCUGCCUUUGUGGGAUGAUCCCAGCAUGCAGUGCGUCGCAUGGAUCUCAGGCAAAUGAAGAAAGUUUAAGCGGUGAAAGGGCGACCGGGCGCUUCAGGGUCCCAGAAGGAACCGAGGCGGUGCAGUCCCACCGAAGAGCUCGUUUCACGCAUCGCUGUAAAGAUGACUCUGACAGAACGCACAUGAAAAUCAAGUUCGAUGUUUAAGAUGUGUAGCUGAUGGGACAGAGUUAACCUCUAGUCUCCACUGGGACAAUGAGCAGAUGUGACAGUCCAAUCCGUCCUGGU